UUAUUAACACAACAAUAACAACAAUAAAUAAUCAAAAAUCCAUUCAAGAGUCAAUAUCCAUGGAAAACUUAGAUGUGGUGGUGGUGGUGGUGCCUUUUGUAGCACAAGGUCAUCUCAACCAACUCCUCCACCUCUCCCGUCUUCUAUCCACCUAUAAUCUACCGGUCCAUAUCGCCGGAACCACCACCCACAACCGCCAAGCAAAGCUUCGUAUCCACGGCUGGAACCUCAACUCCGACACAAAUAUCCACUUCCAUGAGUUUGAAACACCUCAGUUCGAAUCUCCUCCUCCAAACCCUAAUUCCUCCACAAAAUUCCCAUCACACCUUAUCCCAUCAUUCAAAGCAUCAUCUCAUCUACGCGAACCUUUCGUAAAACUACUCGCUAAUAUCUCUAACACUGCGAGGCGAGUCGUCGUUAUUCAUGACUUUCUUAUGAGUACGGUCGUUCAAGAUGUAGUUUCAUUUCCAAAUGUAGAAGCCUAUGUAUUUCAUUGUGCAUCGGCUUUUACUACGUUUUCAUACAUGUGGGAAGAGAAAGGAAGACCGUUUUUAGAAGAUGACGAUGAAUCUUAUAUGCACCUUUCAAAGCUUGCUAAUAUUCAAGAUCUUGUCCCUCCAGAAUUUUUUGAGUUCAUUUAUACUCAUGUUGGAUGUGAGAAGUUUAAUUCCGGCAAUAUUCACGAUACUUCCAAAGUAUUUGACAGUAAAUUCAUCGACUAUAUUUCGAGAGAAGGGCUUUCUGGUAACACAAAGCAAUGGGCAAUUGGUCCUUUUAAUCCAGUGUCCAUAAACAACAACGAAGACAAAGACUCAGGAAAACGACACAAGUCACUCAUUUGGCUCGAUAAACAAGUUCAAGACUCGGUGAUAUAUGUUGCAUUUGGGUCCACAACUUCAAUAUCUGAUGAGCAGAUUCAAGAACUUGCUAUUGGAUUAGAGAAGAGUGGACAAAAGUUUAUAUGGGUGCUAAGAGAUGCUGAUAAAGGUGAUAUCUUUAAAGGUGAAGGUAGGAAUAUUGAAUUGCCAAAAGGGUUUGAAGAAAGAGUUGAAGGACAAGGUUUAGUGGUGAGGGAAUGGGCACCACAGCUAGAGAUAUUGGCUCAUAUCGCAACAGGCGGAUUCAUGAGUCAUUGUGGUUGGAACUCGAGCAUGGAGGGCAUUACUAUGGGUGUUCCGAUUGCGGCUUGGCCUAUGCAUUCAGACCAACCAAGAAACGCUACGCUAAUAACUGAUGUAUUAAAGAUUGGGGUGAAUGUAGGGGAUUGGGGGCGUAAUGGUGAGGUAGUAACAUCUUCUGUUAUUGAGAAAGCUAUUCGAAUAUUGAUGGAUUCUGAUGAGGGCAAAGAGAUAAGGAAAAGAGCCAACAAACUUGGUGAAGAUGUUAGGCAAUCUUUGGCAGAAGGUGGUGUUACACGUAUGGAGAUAAACGCUUUUGUUGAUCAUUUCACUAGACAAUAAAUAUGUGAAAACAGUUUUUAAGUAAUUUGAUUUCAAUGUAUUGAUUAUUUAUGUGUGUGUUUUAACAAUAUAAAAAGCUUUUCUUUAUCAUCAUUACUUUUGAAAAGCUUUGAUUUCAA